AUGAGAACAAUAACGCCUCUUCCGAUAACAGAUGAGGAAUAUCGAAAUAUAAUUUCCAAUUUUAAUAUUUCGCCUACAUUUUAUACUAUUCAUUCAAUUUUAAAAAUCGAAAUGGAUUGGUCUUUCACAAAUAGAUUUGAUUCAUUUAUGAUGUGGGCAUGGGAGAAGCCAAAUUUACUACGAUUAUUUCAUGGUACAAAGCACGCUUGUGAUAUUUGGAACCUAGAUGAUUGGAGUAAAUUAUGCAAUAACUCCGAAUGUGGUGUUUGUGGAAUUUUGAAAUUUGGACCUUUGCUGUCAAAGGCGCAACCGAACUUGGCUGGAACGUAUCUUUGGUAUAGUCCUACGGUUUCUAUGGCACAUGAAUAUACCGGUCCUUUAAAACUAAAUGAUGAUGGAUUUAGAGCCAUGUUUGUUAUGGACGUUAUACAUGGAAAGCCAUACUCAAAUUCUAUCGUAAUCGAAGCUCAAGAAAAUGCCUUACCUCGAUACUUGAUAAUUUAUAAAGUAUAUCGCGAGAAAUUUGAAAAUCAAGAAGAUAUUUUAUCAUAA